AUGGCGACCAAUUCAUUAUCACCGUUUAUAUGCAGAAAAUAUUUAAUAUUUACGUUAUUUUUGGGCAAUAUUUUAUCACAAAAUCAUGCUGAAAAUGAGCUAAAACAGCGAAUAAACAUUAUACUUGUGGGUGGAACCGGUGAUCUGGCAAAACGGUAUCUAUGGAAUGGAUUUUUUAACCUUUAUUCAUCUUUGCAUAACACUAAUUCUGGUGACUCAGUACUUCGCUUUUAUGGCGGUGCUCGCGAGGACAACGAAACGGGAAAUAGAAUACUCUUGGAUAUUUUAAACACGUCAAUUAAAUGCUCAAAUGUUAAAUGCAAUAAAAUGAAAGCUGAAUUUAUUAAACGCUGUAGUUAUCACAGAUUAAAAAUCACAGAAGACUAUGAAAGUCUUCAAAAAUUAUUGGAAACUAGUUUAACGAACAAGGAAACCGAGAUUGGUCGUAUUUUUUAUCUUUCUGUUCCGCCUUUUGCUUAUGAAAAAAUUAGCAGGAACAUUGCCGAGAAAUGUCGACCAAACUCACUCCGUGCAUGGGUUCGGGUUGUGCUGGAGAAGCCGUUUGGAAGCGAUCUUAAGACUGCAAACGAGCUAGCUGAAAAAUUGUCGAAAUACUGGAACGAAGAUGAGAUAUAUCGCAUUGAUCAUUAUUUAGGAAAGGCUGGCGUGGUGCAAAUUAUGGAAUUUAAAAAAGAAAACCUUGAUUUUUUUGAAAAAAUGUGGAAUCGCGAACAUAUUGAACAAGUGAAUAUUGUCGUGAAAGAACGCUUAGAUGCACAGGGUAGGCUGGGUUUCUAUGAUCAGUACGGAGUCAUCCGAGAUAUUUUUCAGAAUCAUUUGACUGAGAUUCUCAGCUUGGUUGCUUCGGAAAUGUCUGAACACAAUUCUGAAAAACCGUGUCAAGAUUCUGUGAAACAGCUUGAAAAUUUUGAGAAAUUGAUCAGAAAUUCUGAGAAGCCACUUGGAAAUUCUGAAAAAUUGCUUGAGAAUUCUGAGAAAUUAUUUGAAUCUUCUGAAAAACUGCUUGAAAAUUCUCAGAAACUGCUUGAGAACUCUGAGAAACUACUUCAAAAUUCUGAAAAAUUACUUGAGAAACAGCAACAAAAUUCUGGGAAACCUGCUCAGAACUUUGAGAAGCAUUUUACUGAUUCUGAAAUACUAAGUGACAUUUCUGGGAAAGAGACACCUCUUAGGACUUUUGAUAAACUAGCUGAAAAUGAGGAGACACCUAUUGGGGAUUCUAAGAAACCAUUUCAAAAUUCUAAGAAAUCUACAUUGUUGAGAGCUGUGAAAACAGUUACAAUACAUGAUGCUGUAUUUGGACAAUAUGAAGAAUACAAUAAACAACUCAAGCAAGAGCUUCCAAAUAUUGAAGCCAAUAGUAACACGCCAACAUUUUCGGCAGUCGUCAUGGAAAUCCAAAACAAACGCUGGUCCGGUGUGCCGUUUGUCCUGCUUUCUGGCAAAAGGUUGGACAGCAGACUUGCUUACGUACAGCUAGAAUUCAAACAGAAUAAAUUCUGUAUAAAGGGUAACUUGAAUAAUAAUCCUGAAAAUUGUAAACCAAGAGAGCUUACAUUUUAUAUUCAAGGCGAAAAUGUCCAUUAUCCAUUAACAAUAUUCUCAAAAAAACUACCUUAUGUUAAAUUUUCUAACAACUGGCAGAAUCUAACCCUUGAUUCUGAACUCAAAUCUCAGUUCAAGGGUGAAAACAUAAUUAUGAAACCACCGAAUACUGAACACGAUGCUUACAGUUCGUUAAUCUGUGACGUUUUUCUUGGAAAUAAAGACAAAUUUGUGAAUGUUGACGAUUUGCUGCUAUCAUGGAAAAUUUGGAACCCUUUGCUUGAAGCGUCUGCGUUGAUUCAACCACAGUUAUAUACUCGAGAGAACAUGAAUAUUUUAGAUUUUGAAAUUGUUGAUGGAAAAAUUAGAUUUGUGUCAGGGUCUGCAAGUGACUGUGAAACGUCAGGACCUACAAAAUAUGACGAUGGUCAAUUGCAUAGUUUCCGUGGCAACAGACUUGUUUCGGGACUUUCAAUGGAUGUUGUUCGACAACUUGCAAAUGAUAUAGCUGUUGCCAUUCAUGCAAAAGUGCAGUCCAGUGCGGCAACAUUUCAUUUGGCUUUAUCCGGUGGUUCAACUUCAAAGCAUCUUUUCCAAGUGUUGGCUUCAAUUAAAUAUAUUCCUUGGAAAAACGUGCACAUAUGGUUGGUCGAUGAACGAUGUGUAAGUUUGACGCAUGAGGAUUCAAAUUUUAAAAAUAUGUAUCAACACUUGUUAAAAGAUAUCUCGAUUCCAUAUUUCAACAUCCAUCCUAUGCCUGUCGAUAUCGCUGGGCAAUUUUGUAAGCCUAACGACUUAGGGGACAAGCAUUAUGAGAGGCAAUUAAGAUACCUCGUUAAUGGCUCGUUAGACUUUGUUGUAUUAGGCGUUGGUAACGACGGUCAUACUGCAUCUUUGUUUCCUGGAAGUGACUUGUUAACGAGUACUAAUUGGGUUGAGAUAACGAGCUCGUUAGGAAAUUAUAAUAGGAUGACAAUGACUCUGCGGAUAUUGAACCAGGCCAGAAACAUCGCAGUGCUUAUACUGGGGGAGAAGAAACAUGAAAUUGUUCAGAAGUUAGCGCAAACUGGUAACGAUAUUCAUGAUUUUCCAAUAACUGCAGUAAAGCCAGAGCAUGGUUCGUUAGUGUGGUACAUAGAUGAUAAUGCAUUGCAUUAUGCAACGUUGGUCACGCUGUAA